GAAACUUAAAAAUUUUUUUAUCUGAAAUUAUUAGAAAAGAUAUUACUCUUACAUUUGUUUCCACUUGACUGAUACAAUAACUUAUUUUUAUUAUUAAUAAUCUAACUCUUAGUACUUCUAUUUCUACGUAAUAUGGAACAUUCCAAGCGAAGACAGAAAUUACUGUUUUACCGCUAUUAGUACAUAUUAUGAUAUAAAUGCUUUACUAAUUGAAAAUGUCUGUAUCUAAUAUAGUGCGCUAAUACUCAAUCUCAGUGCAUAUCGCAGUAAGUAUAAUUUAUUAUUGAGAAAUGAUCCCCUGCGCACAAUAUAUUUGUGCCGAUCAAUACACGAUAUUCCGACAUUCUCCAGCGAGAUCUCGUAAGAUGUUCAUACUUUGAAAAUUAAGAUGCAAGCGCGAUGCAUCGCUUGAUCGAUCAUAAACAUAUUAACGACGACGAAUAUGAUCUUUCGCGAAGGAGGCUUGUAUCUUGUGUAUCAUUCUAACGCACGUAUAAUUAUAUAUUGUCUGAACGUUCAUUACCGAUAUGUUCGACGUGCCUAUCUUUUUUUAUGUCAAGGAAUCAUGCGAGCGAUAUUAGCAAUUGCAUUGGUUUUCGUCGUGGGGUUCUUCAUCGCAACGACCGCUGCAUCCAAGGGUCGAAAUUAUCCUCAUUUCUUUAAACACCGAACGAAGCUGAGGGAGAUCCGCGGCUUCAAACCGGAGUACAUUUCCACGGCGAUCGGAUUUGGGAAGAGGGAUAGUCCUGCGGAUGUCCCGGAUCUGAACGAGCGAGAAAGAGUCCUCUUGUCGAUUUUGCAAAAUUUUCCGCAUGCCAUUCCCGCGGAUGCGCUACUCCGAAUGAUGCAGACGAAUCCCGCGCUGGCUAGCAAAUUGACACAGCUGUCGAUGCAAAGCGACCAAGGCAAUCAAGGAGAACCGAUGAUGGAACAUUCAAGAUCCGAGAGAACGUUCGCGCUAUUUUAAGUCUUGCGUCAAAAUGCACAGCGACAGAACGCGAGUUCUAGAAGAAUCCCCAUUUUAGACGAAACAUUCAGUAUAUCUUCCUUAGAAGAUACAUUUUUAUUUCUCGAUUCUUCUCGCAUAUGUGCGAAGUAUCGUGUAGAUGCUAAUCUUUUCCUUCUUCAUUAUCUUUUUGCGACAAAAUAUAAGACACACUCCUAAAAAAAAGUGGGCAAGAAAAACGCAUCUUUUUCUUCAUCUAAGAGCAUGUAGUCACGAAAUACAACUUCGUAGAAUGUCCAAUAUGUGUAUAUAUCGAUAAAUGUAUUGUAUAACUGUGAUUAUUUCUCCUUUUCUUAUCAUCAAAGAUGUGUAUGUGUGUAAAAUUAAAAAAUAUAUGGAAAUAAAAAUAGAUGGGGAAAAAUAAAUUGCGCAUUUCCUCUUUAGAAUUGUUCUUAAUGGUGUUCUUCUCUCUGAGUUUUUAAAUAGAAUAUGAUCUGGGAAAUGCAGUGAGAUCUUUUACAUUUAGUACAUCAAUCUUGAAUAUAUUUUAGC